AUGUUAUUGAACAUUGGUGGGGUUGUAACAGCGUUGGCCGUGCUUGGAGGCCUACUAUGGUUGGCUUUUUUCACUUCUCCGACUGAAAACCCGAAAAAGCGUCUCUCGUUGCUAAUCCUGAUUUUGGUCCUUCAAGGAGCUUCUGAUGGUUUCAUUGUCCAUUUUUUGUUUGGUUACGAUGAUGGAAGGAUCCUCAUCGUUUUCUUUGUGGGAGCGGCACUUCCAUUCGUGUGUUUCUUGGCAGCAGCAAAUUUUGCAAGGAGAAGAGAGCAUAUCUACUUUGGCGGCUCGGCUUCUUCUAUGCUGGCAGUAAUUAUGUGGCUGCUUUUGGCCUCUUUGUUCUACGGAAAAUCAUUCUGUGGGAAAGAGCAAUUGGUUCCAUUCUUGGCGUUUGUAGUAGCCCUUGUGGUGGAGUCAGAGAACAUUAUAGAUAGAGCAAUCCAUGGUGACUUGGAUGUUGUGAAGCAAUCUGCCCUCUUCUGCCUUGCAGCGUUUUGUCAUCUUAUUUGCAUCAUGGUAGCGACCGCUGCUAGUAUGAAGCACUACAGGGAGAAGAAAAAGCAAUCAAGGAACUGA